AUGUCACCGUUGACGAGUGAACCAUUGCUGCAGUGUGCACCGCCAUCGCCAUCCACAGCAGCAGGAGCAGCAGGAGCAUUGUCGUCGACUUCAUCCAAAACUCCCGUCUUCCGCUGCUGCUCCGCCGUCGCCGCCCUUGUCGACCACCACCACCACCACAACCACCACCACAACAACAUCAUCAACACUAUCGUCAACAUCGACGGGAGCGUUGGCUUCGUCGCCGUUCGCGCUGUUCGCUGCUCCAAGCUCGUUGCCGUCAUCAUCUUCCGCUCCCAUCUCCGCGGCCGCCAUGCGUCUCGUCACUGUGUCCUCACCCUCGUCACCCUCCUCACCCUCCUCCUCCUCACCAUCGUCAUCAUCGUCAUCAUCACCAUCCACUGA